CAUGCAUCCAUGCAAAUGCAUCCUCUCGUCCGGCUACACUGCCUUAUCCUGAUGCCGCCGGCUGGCUCAUGCAACUUGCAAGUAGUGAGAGUAUAAAAACAUGGGCUGGCUCAUACACGAGUAUAAAAACACGGCCUAACAGAAGACAGCCACCAAGUGAAGGAACACCGAAAGAUACACGGUCGAUCAAGCUCGACUACUCGAUCCAUCACACAAACCCUUGUUACACACGGCAGCAGCCAACCCGGCCCGGUCCAGAACCAGCAGGCGGCAGCAGGGAGAAGAGAGGGAGAUCGAGUCCGUUUGCUGACGACAUAUCAUGCCGUGGUUCCCAGCCGUGCCGCCGGCGCUGGCGGCCGCCGACGAGGCGCGGAUCGUCAAGAAGCGCGCGGGGCUGCCGAGGCUGCUGCACAAGCUCUUCAUCAAGGUGCUCCGCCUGAGGCCGGCGUUGGCGGCGGAGGAGUACUACGGCGCCUACCGGAUGGGCAUGGGCGUGGGCGCCGCGGACGAGGACUGCUGCUACUACUACAGCUACGGCGGCGCGGGGUCGUCGUCGUGGGCCGGCGUGCUCUCCUCCAUCCCGGAGGAGGACUACGACGACAGCUCCGACGAGGGCACGCCCGACGUCGCCAUGCCCGGCCCCGCCGUGCUCCGCAAGGCCAAGUCCGAGCGGUUCGUCGUCGGCCCACCCGACGGCGCCGCCGUCCUGCACGUCGAGGUCCUCCUCUAGCGCCAGAGCACACGCACGCAAAAGGCGCCGCUCCUUGUCCUUGGCCGCCGUACGUCGCUCAUCUCAUCUCCCGAUGGAUCGGAUACAGUGCUACUACUGGACUUUGGAGGGAGCAAACGUACGUGCGCUUGCGGCCGGCUUGCCAUCGGCGAGCUAGAGUAUCUCAAACAGUGUGCCUUAUAAAUUUUAAAGUGUUUUAGGGCUCAAAAUAGUUUUUUUAGCUCUAACAGUGGCGCCAGCGAAUAGUUUUGGCGCCCUCUCCCCUGACGUUAUCUUUUCCCCGCCUUGUUUCUAGCACCAGUUGCCUUCAUUCUCUCCACCGAAUGCAGCUGCUCCCAGGGUUCUGCCUGUGCAGCUCCUGCUCCCACGGCAAUUGGCUGCACGCCAUUAUUGCUUGGCCUCUACAAGACUACAACACUACAGAAAGAUAUGAUGGCCGGGAUGCCGAAAAGUUGCAAACACAAUGUUGAUAUAUGCUCUUGUGAUGAGUGAUUAUCAACAAGGGUAAUAUCUUGGAUCGAGUUGUGUGGGCUAACCGGAACAUGAGUGUGUCCGUGCAACAUGUUUCUUAGCUUGUGAAGCGCAGGUGUGGAGUCCGGAGACGAUGGUUGAUGGCAAAAGUGAAGAUCAUGCGAGUUCAUAUCAAUAGACCAAGAGCAGCGAAAGAUGAAUGUUGGGUCACAAGGGACUAGAGAAGCCGCCCAUAGUGGCUAAUACCCGGGGACACUGAGAGGCGCAAGGAUACGGAGGCGGAUCGCGUUGCCAGUGCAGUUACAGACUGACGAGAUGCGCGUGUCAAGGAUGUGGGGGACACGUAUGGCGUACGCUACCGCGAGGUGUUUCAUCGGUCGAGCUUCAAAACCACCCUGCGAAAAUGUGCUGGUUUCAUCGUGUUUGCACCUCAAAACCUGAUAACAUGGUUCUAGAGGGAAUCAGAGAAGCAAAGUGGCGUCAACGCGGAGGGUGCAUCAAGGCGAAACAAUUUUGUGAAAAGUGCAUGUAACACCCAAAAACCAAUUUUGGGAAUAUAGGGAAAAAGUCUCCAAAAUAAUUAAAUUAAAUCAUCUUUUAGUAGGAGCUUCUUGCUUUUGAAAUGAUUCUCCUAGAAUAAUUAAAUGGUAACGUUAAAAUUCUGAGUACCCAAGUUCAGAUUUGAACUUCUAACCAAUAAAAAAACUCAGAAAAGAAUAACUAGAAGAUUGCGAUUUGUUUAAUUCAGUAAAUCAUUUCUUUCGUGGAUUAUUCAUUCUGAAGUGUUCAUGAAUAAAUAAUUAAUAUUAAA